AUGAUUCCCGCUAUCCUGUCCAUUGAGGACUGUGCCGACUACAGCAAGACAGUGCAACCCUUCAUCCCCCAGCUCUAUGCUCUGCCUCAGGUGCUCCUCGACAACGGCGCCAACCUCGCCGGCCUCAAGGAGAUUUACAUUCGUACGAACCCGCUCGUCACUGGAUUCUCCGUCUCCAUCCUGCUCGGGGCCGUCUUCCUUGCCGUCUCGGAGCUCAACCGCAACUACUCCCAGGUCGACCGCAUGUGGAGCAUCCUGCCCAACCUCUAUGUCGUUCACUUUGCCGUCUGGGCCCGUAUGGCUGGCCUCCCCUACCACCGCUUGGACCUAGUUGCCAUUGCUACAACUAUUUGGAGUGUUCGUCUGACCUACAACUACUGGCGCAAGGGUGGCUACAAUGUUGGCUCUGAGGACUACAGAUGGUGCAUCAUUUCGAAGCAGGUUCCCAAGCCCAUCUUCUUCCUUUUCAACGUCACCUUCAUCUCCUUUAUCCAGAGUAUCCUGCUCUUUGCCUUCUCCGCCGCCCCCGCCUACACCAUUCUUCUCUCCACGCGUUUUGAGCCCCAGAUCACCACCGCGGACCUGAUGUUCUUUUACGCCGAGCUCGCCCUGGUUCUGAGCGAGUGGUUCAGUGACGGCCAACAGUGGGACUACCACCAGGCCAAGCACUCGUACCUCGAGACGGCCAAGGUCCCCAAGGGCUGGUACCAGGAGGAACUUGACCGCGGCUUCCUCACCAGUGGCCUGUGGGCAUACAGCAGACAUCCCAACUUCUUUGCUGAGCAGGCCAUAUGGUUCGUCCUCUACCAGUGGAGCUGCUACGCCACCAAUACCCUCUACAGCUGGGCUGGGGUUGGCUCCUUUGCGUUGAUUGCCCUCUUCCAGGGUUCUACCUGGCUGACGGAGCUCAUCUCCGCUGGCAAAUACCCCGAGUACACCCACUACCAGAAGCAGGUCAGCAUGUUUCUCCCCACCUCGUUCAAAGGCUACACGCGGCCCGCCCCCAAAGUGAUCCGCACCAGCGAGCUCGCCAAGGCCCAGGAGGAGAAGGAAAAACAGAAGAAGUAG